AUGGCAAUGGCAAAUAACAAAACACAAUGUUUCACAUGUAAUAAAGAAAAAAUCACAUAUUCUUGCAAAGGAUGUUCAAAAGAAUUUUGCUUGAUGGAUUUAGCAGAACAUCACCAAAGACUAAAUGAAGAAUUGCAUCAUAUUAUUGAUGAUUAUAAUGAAUUUAAAGAAAGCAUUAAUGAACAAAAACAAAAUCCUCAAAAUCAUUCAUUAAUAAAACAAAUUGAUCAAUGGGAAAUGGAUUCAAUUGAAAAAAUUCAACAAAAAGCGAAAGAGUGUAGAGAAGUUGUCACUGAAUCAUUACAAAUAUGUUUUAAUGAUACUGAGAAGAAAUUUAAUGAUUUAACGGAACAAAUAAAACACCUUCAGGAAGAAAAUGACUUUAAUGAGAUUAAUUUGAACUAUUUAACAAAUCAAUUAAUGAAAACUAGACGAGAAUUAAAUACUCUGUCAAAUAUUUCUAUUAAACACGAUUCAGAAGCAUUUAUUAAUGAAAUUUCAAUUAUUUCAUUAACAAGUAAGUUAUUAAGAAAUAGUUUCUAAAAGAAAUAUACUAAUUUUCGAUGAAACUAUAUUGAAAAACUGCAACACGAUGAAAAAUAAUAAUAAAGAAGAGAAAAAAAAUUGAGAAUACUAUUAAUUUAUUUGUAUGUAAAAGAAAAGAAUGACAGAAUAUGAAAUAAUAUUGAAUUAAUAAAUUAAUUUUUCUUCAAUGUUUCAAAAUAGAUUUAAUUGAUAGAAAACAAAAGUGAAUUAUUUUCAAAUUUUUGUUUAACAAAUAGAUCAACGAAAUCUUUUCUCUUUUUCUUUUCUUUUCAAAUUAAAUAUUUACCAAUUUGUUUCUCAGAUAAACUAUCAUUCAAUAAAAAUAUUCUUUCUUUUCCAAAGGAGGUGAUCGAAAAAUCACCAUUUUUAACACACGCUAGAAAUGUCAUAA